CAUUGUCCACAACUACACGCAAAGAGCAAGAGCAUACCGAACAGCGGUGGUAAUAAAAGUAAAAGCAAAAGGUUUCUUCGUUCAAAACAAACAGAAACCCUUGCUCUUUACUCUGUUUAGUGGGUAUUUAUUCAUUUCAAUUCUCUGUUGCCGCUUAGUAAAGGUUAGUGCAAUGGCUCCUGCUCCAGCCCGCACCGGCAAUGGCAAUGUAGAAGCACCUCCUCCUCCUUCCAAGGACGCUAAGAAGAUCAAAGAUGAGAAGAAGGAAGAAGACCUGUCGGAGGAAGAUUUAGCAUUGAAACAUCAGUUAGAACUAUAUGUCGAAAGAGUUCAGGAUUCGGAUCCGGGACUGCAGAAGACGGCUCUCGAGAGCAUGAGGCAAGAAAUUCGAACUGCAACUAGUUCAAUGACAUCAGUGCCUAAACCUCUUAAAUUUCUACGACCUCAUUAUGGCACUUUGAAGGCAUACUAUGAGAUGAUGAUAGAAUCAGAUAUAAAGAAGUACCUUGCAGAUAUAUUAUCUGUAUUAGCUUUGACUAUGUCUGUGGAGGGUGAAAGGGAAAGUUUAAAAUACAGAUUACUUGGAUCAAAGGGAGACAUUGGUUCUUGGGGUCACGAGUAUGUUAGGAAUCUUGCUGGAGAAAUUUCACAAGAAUACCAGAAACGGCAGAUUGAAGAGGCACCUACUGAUGACCUUAUGGAUCUUGUUACACAAAUUGUUGCAUUUCAUGUUAAGCACAAUGCGGAACCGGAGGCAGUAGAUCUUUUGAUGGAGGUGGAAGAAUUGCAUCUGUUAACUGAUCAUAUUGAUGCUACAAAUUACAAGCGAACAUGCUUGUACUUAAAAAGUUUUGCAAGCUAUGUGCCAGGACCUGAUGACAUGCAAGUCCUUGAUAUCGCUUAUACAAUUUAUACCAAAUUUGGUGAAUACACAAAUGCACUAACUGUUGCACUGUCCAUGCACAACAUUAAGUAUGUGAAGGCCACAUUCUCUGCUUGUGUAGAUCCCUUACAGAAGAAGCAGCUCUGCUAUAUUUUGGCUCGACAGGGAGUGACAUUGGAGCUGGACGAUGAAAUGACAAAUGGCAAUGAAGAGCAAAGAGAGCAGUUACAGGAAAUAAUUAAUAACAUAAAAUUGAGUGAGGGCUUUUUGUCCCUUGCCCGUGAUCUUGAGAUAAUGGAAGCCAAGUCUCCUGAAGACAUCUAUAAGGCACAUUUGAUUGAUGGGCGUGCAAGUGCAAGUGCAAGUGUUGAUUCUGCACGGCAGAACCUGGCUGCCACAUUUGUGAAUGCAUUAGUAAAUGCUGGAUUUGGUCAAGACAAGUUGAUGACUGCUGCUUCAGACUCAUCGAGUGGAGGCAGUUCAGGAAGUUGGCUUUUCAAAAACAAGGAACAUGGAAAGGCUAGUGCUGCUGCAAGUUUGGGCCUAAUUCUUCUCUGGGAUGUUGAUGCCGGCCUUACACAAAUUGACAAAUACUUUCAUAGCAAUGAUAAUCAUGUCAUUGCUGGAGCAUUGCUAGCCGUUGGUAUUGUAAAUUGUGGUAUCCGAAAUGAAUGUGAUCCUGCAUUUGCACUGCUGACAGAAUAUGUAUGUAAGGAUGAUUCCAAUAUACGGAUUGGGGCAAUUAUGGGCCUUGGAUUAGCAUAUGCUGGUUCUCAAAAAGAUGAUGUGCUUAGAUUGCUUUCCCCUAUUUUGACAGACUCAAAGGCUCCAAUAGAUGUUAUCGCAUUCACUGCUGUCUCUCUUGGAUUGAUUUAUGUUGGAUCUUGCAAUGAUGAAGUGGCUCAGUCUAUAAUUCUUGCUCUAAUGGAGAGAAGUGAAGCUGAACUAGGAGAUCCUCUUACUCGUUUUCUUUGUUUGGGUCUAGGCCUUUUAUACCUCGGGAAGCAGGAAAACGUUGAUGCAACUUUGGAAGUGGCAAAGACAUUCAAUGAGAAAAUAUCAAAAUAUUGUCAAGUCACAUUGGAGUCUUGUGCAUAUGCUGGCACUGGCAAUGUUCUUAAGGUGCAAAGUCUUCUAGGACUCUGUGCGGAACACCUCGAGAAGGGUGAAAGUCACCAGGCACCAGCUGUAAUUGGAAUUGCAUUAGUUGCAAUGGCUGAAGAACUAGGCCUUGAAAUGGCCAUUCGUUCUUUGGAGCAUCUCCUGCAGUAUGGGGAGCAGAAUAUUAGAAGAGCAGUCCCAUUGGCUCUAGGCCUAUUGUCAAUAUCAAAUCCAAAAGUCAAUGUGAUGGACACUUUGAGUAGGCUUAGUCAUGACACCGAUUCAGAGGUUGCUAUGGCAGCAACAAUGUCCCUGGGAUUAAUUGGUGCUGGAACAAAUAAUGCCCGAAUAGCUGGCAUGCUACGAAAUCUUUCGAGCUAUUAUUACAAAGAUCCUAGUCUUCUAUUCUGUGUCCGCAUUGCUCAAGGUUUGGUUCAUUUAGGAAAAGGGUUGCUAACACUGAGUCCAUAUCAUUCAGACCGCUUUUUGUUAUCACACUCUGCAGUAGCUGGUAUUAUAACUUUGCUUCAUGCAUGUUUGGACAUGAAGUCUAUUAUCUUGGGAAAAUACCAUUAUGUUCUUUAUUUCCUUGUAUUGGCCAUGCAGCCAAGAAUGCUGAUGACGGUGGAUGAGAAUUUGAAGCCUUUGUCAGUUCCUGUUCGAGUAGGGCAAGCUGUGGAUGUUGUUGGUCAGGCCGGCCGCCCAAAGACUAUAACUGGGUUCCAAACGCAUACAACACCUGUUCUACUUGCAGCUGGUGACAGAGCAGAACUUGCAACAGAAAAGUAUAUUCCUCUUUCUUCAGUCUUAGAGGGUUUUGUGAUUUUGAAAGAAAAUCCUGAUUACCAGCAGGACAACCUUACCAGCUAAAUCCAAAUGUUUUGAAUGUAUGAUUUGAAGAACGUGACAAUUGACUCUGAAUUUGGGGAGAGUUUUGUAGUUUAUUUAUUUAUUCUUGGUUACAUGUUAAUCAAUUCCAUAUUUUCGAUACAAAUGGAUGUAAAAUUAAGUUCCUUCCAAAAGCUACAUAAUCAGUUUCCUGAUCAGGCAUGCACUUCAUCUGAUAUGAGAGCAUUCAUUGGAUAGAAGAAAGCAAAUGGAAUCCAUAUAAUCAAGAAGAGUUGUUAUUUUCUUCUUCAA